AUGAACAGUUUCUCAGAUCCACGACGUCCCGAGAAGGAAAUUCGCUAUAAACCAACGGUUUCAAGUAAUCAAGCACAACCAGGAGAUGAUUCUAUACCAGAUUACAUAAAUAUUCUCGGAAUAAUCUUCAGUAUGUGCGGUUUAAUGAUGAGAUUGAAAUGGUGCGCUUGGCUAGCUCUUUAUUGUUCUUGUAUUAGUUUUGCCAAUUCUAGAGUCAGUGAUGGUACUAAACAUAUCCUUAGCAAUUUCAUGUUAUCAAUAUCUGCCGUUGUAAUGUCUUAUUUGCAAAAUCCACAACCUAUGACACCUCCGUGGGCAACAGCGAUACAAUAAAAUAUUAGAUAUUAUUAGGAAUUUAUAUUGUAUACAUUGAAUUUAUUUAUAUGUUUAUAUAUACUCUACUGUUUCUCGAUUAUUUUUUAAAUAUAUUUAUCAUUAUGUUGUAUACAAUUUUUGUAUCAUAUUUCAAAUCGAAAAUAGAUAUAAAGCUUUUUUGAGUACUUACCAAACAUAA